UCAAAAUGGCGGCCAAGAUUGCUGCCUCGUGCGGGCAGUUUCGGGCUGUUAAAUUCCCUUUUCGGUGGCUAGUUUUACGAACAUUCUGCAGUGGGGAAGCGUUUGAAAAUAAGGGGAACACCACAUCAUUUUUUAAUCCUGAAAUUCAGUCAUUAUUAAAGAAACUCACAGGUCGUAAUUUGGACAAAAUAUACGCCGUCCGAAAAGGAGAACUCGAGGUUCCAUCGUACAAACUAAUGACAGAUGCAGAGUACUUAGAGGUACAACGCAAAAAUGAAGAGGAAGCUGAGGCUAUGCUGGAAAUGCCGCCAGUGAUGGAUGAGAGAGAAGAGAUCGAUGAAAUUAUUGAAGAAAAUGAAGAGCUGGCGCAAUUUUCAGAGUCAAAUUAUGUUUUUACAGAUAUCAGCACAAGUGAAUCUGAUAGGACCAGGUCAAUAACAGUGAGGGAACCAAGGGGAAGAUUACGAAAAGCAGUAUGGGAUGAAAGAGAUAGAUUGAAUUUUAUAUAUUUUCCUAAGCCUGGACGACAGUAUGAAAUACCUGAACUCCUCACAGAUGAAGGAAUGCAGACUGUGUUUCAGCAAAACAGACAUGAAGAUGUUCUUGAUCUGGCUUGUGUUCAAUUUGAACCUGACUCAGCAGAUUACAUUAGAAUUCAUCACAGGACAUAUGAAGACCUUCUUAAGAGUAAAAAGUAUGAUAUUUUAAGAUCAACAAGACAUUAUGGUGGACUUCUUUAUUAUUUGGCAACACAACAGAAAAUUAAUCAAUUGCUGAAUGAUAUGAUGGACAUGGAACAGUGGGAUGAUUGUGUUGAUUUGGCAAAACUUUACAUCCUUUGUCACCCAAAAGAUGAGAUAGCAACACGAAGUGAGAAAAACAAUUUAAUAGGCUUCUCUUUGCUUCGGGCUUUCCUUAGAGAAUGUGCAACCCAAGAGAUGUUGAAGAAGUUAGAAGACCACAUGGAACAUCUUACUGAAGAGCAAAAUAUGGGGACAUCAUCAAACUCUGUAAAUUAAAGGCAACACUUUCCAAAACAAAAAAAAUACCUUGUCUUUUUUGGUGCGUUUGGGAUCAUUGUACUUGUCUUUUUUGGUGCGUUUGGGAUCAUUGUACUUGUUUAUUUAGAUGGCAAGCUGAACCCAAAUAUAAUUUCUAGGCUUGGAGUCUCAUGUGAGUGAAGUUUACUGUUUGUUUGUGCAUUCACUCCAAGGUCAAUAGUUAAUCAAAAGGAAAAUGUCAAAGUGACAUUGCUCUACUUAGCCCUUCAAACCCAUCUUGUGAUUUGGGUGGGGUUGUUCAAACGUGGGUUAAGAUAACCCGGGGUUAGUGUGAAAUUUGAUUUAGAUCUAAACGCUUUAAAAGACAAUUCAGUUUAAUUCCAUUUAUCUACAAGUUGAUGAUUGAAUGCUCUAAAAAGAACUGGGGCAAUUAUCCCAAACCAGCUUUUGAAGAGAGAAAUAAAGAAACCUGGAUUAAAAUUUAA